AGAAUUCUCCGUGUUUGUGCCUCGGGGCUUAACCCGCCGCGUCACUCACGGCAUAUUCCGCCCUCUUUCUUUGCUUUUUCCUUGCCCUCUUGGGCCGAACCAGGACGAUGAACUACUCACCUCACACGUGUCACUGAAGUUCGAUCUCAGGACCCGUGGCUCAUGUUCGACGGACUCGCAUGACUUUUUGCCCAUGGUUACAACUCCAGCAGGCAAACGAGAACCAUUGCAGGAAGUGCUGCCCUAAGCUGAUCGGGCGGGUGUUUGGCCUUCUCCUCCAGGAGAAGACCCUCUAUAAACCCCGAACUUGAUGCGCCGUUCCCUUCACCGACCCUCCAAGUCCGUCAUGUCAUGGCGGCAAAAGACCUCCAGCCGUUGGGCCAAGACCAGCCUCUGGUCGAGGUGGACGAGAAUGAGCAUGCGCAAAAGCAACCAUGGACGAUGCAUCCGCAGCCCCAUUCUGACCCGGACCCAGACUCCGCCGACGAGGACUUCAUCAAUGCCCACGAGGCACAACACAUAGACUUCGUCGAGGAGAACGAUCGCCGAUACUGUAACGAAACCUAUUACAUGCCCAACGACGAAGCCGAACAAACCCGUCUGAACAUCGUCCACCAGAUCUACCUCAUCCUGCUGGACGGCCAUUUGACCGCUGCCCCCAUCGCCACUGAUGCACCGCGCAUCCUCGACAUUGGCACCGGCCCAGGGGACUGGGCCAUCGAGAUGAGCACCGCCUACCCCCACAGCACCAUCAUCGCCUCGGACAUCGGCGUCUUCGACAACGGCCUUGGCCACGUCGACCUCCCCAACGUGUACUUCCACCUCGACGACGCCCGCAACGACUGGGCCUAUCACACCCCCUUCGAUCUCAUCCAUCUCCGCGGCCUCGCCGGUGCCUUCCCAGAUUGGCCCUUCAUCUACCAGCAGGCCUUCCACCACCUCGCCCCCGGAGGAUAUCUCGAGGUCGCCGAUACCGACUUCGCCGCAGAGCCCGCCACCUCCCUGCCGGCCAAUUCCUACCUUCGUCUCUUCUCCUCGGCUCUACGCUCCGCUGCCGAAUCCGCCGGCUGUCUGCGCGACCUGACCCAUCUCCAACCCGCUCUCCUCAGCGCCCACGGCUUCGUCGAUAUCCACGUCCACGAGUACACCUUCCCCAUCGGUCUGUGGCCGGACAAUCCCCAUGACCGCACCCUCGGCAAAAUGGGCCUCAUUGCCCUCCUCGAGGGCCUCGAAGCAAUCAGUCUGCGUCCGUUGACGGCUACCUACGGCUGGGUUGCCGAGGAGGUGCGGGAUUUAUGUGACCAGGUGCGUGCGGAGAUUCUCGCCGGUGGAUAUCGAGUUCGGGCGAGCGUGCGAAUCAUCACGGGUCGGAAGCCGUUGGAUGCGUAGUACCUCCUUACUGACCUACUGGGUUUUUGUUAUUCAUGACCACAAUGAACCGACAUUCAAUAAUACCAUUGAACAUAGAAACAGUGUUGGGGUGAACCUGAUUUGAUUUCUAAGGUAGGACUGCUCUCCGGGACUAUCAUGACAUAACAUGUUAGAAACCGGUAUGCCAACAGAGGUACUAUAUCUCUCGGCCACAGGACUAAGACCGACAGUCAAUGUCCUGGCAUGAUGGGGACAUGACCCACCCACAAUGGAGGCUAGAUCAG